AUGACCACAACAGCGCUUCACGGGUGGCAUCCCGGCGAAAUUACCAUUCAGCGCAAGCUCGGGUUUGAUAAAGCUGUCACUAAUAGCUGGUCGCACAUCAGAGACUUCAUGCCUGACCAACACCGGCUUUUUUAUACUUCUAAUCUACCCUUCAUUCCUAUCACCACUCUCGAUGAAGAGGGUCGGCCCUGGGCGUCCAUUGUUGCUGGAACAGCAGGUGAACUUGGAUUUGUGAAGAGUCCAGACUCACGAACCCUUUCUAUUCACACUCGAUUGUGGGAGGGUGAUCCAUUCUUGAACACAGCCAAAGCAUGGAUCGAUCAAGGGCAUCAAAAGGUGCUCUCUGAAAGAUUUCUCACUGCUGGUAUCGGAAUUGAGCUCUCAACAAGGCGGCGCAACAAAUUCGCAGGGCCUAUACGGAGUGUGCAACGUUUGACGGACUCAGAUUAUCAAAUUAAUGUAGAAGUUAUCGAGGCAAUGGGUAAUUGUCCGAAGUAUAUCAAUGUUCGAAAACUUCUCCCAAACCCAAAUACGCGACCGGAGGUAGUGUAUCAGCAUCAGCAUUUGGCCCCGCAGUUAAGGCUUCCAGAAGAGGUGAUUCAGUUCAUUCUAGAUGCUGAUACUGUCUUCAUUGGGUCUAUCUACAAGUCAAAAUCUUUAGAGUUCCCCUCACACGCAGGAAUGAACGCUCGAAGUGGACUACCUGGCUUCAUCCGCGUCAGUCCAUCUGAUGGUCGCACAAUUGUGAUCCCAGACUACUCUGGAAACCGGUUUGUCUCCAGCUUGGGGAACAUUGAGUCAAGUGGAUUGGUGGGCUUGACCAUUAUGUCCUUCACAACAGGUGAUAUUCUCUAUCUAACAGGGACAGCGAAGAAUGUUGUCGGCCCGCCUGCUCUCAAGAUCAUGGUUAGACAUUCCAGCGUUACAUCAGUGAACGUGACUGGAUUUACCUUUGUUCGAGACGCUUUUCCUGUUCGACAGCAAGCUGGUACCUCUCCUGAACGCAGCCCAUACAGCCCAAAGGUCAAAUACUUGUUGGAAGAAGCUGGAUCAAAGAUUGGGGGUUCUCAACAACACAGAGCACUACUUGAAGAGGCAGUGCAGCUGUCGUCUGACCUUGCUGUAUUCAAAUUCAAAGUCAAAUCAACUCCAGGAGCCGAUGAUCUAAAAAUUCGCCCCGGGCAAGCUAUCGUGUUAGACUUUAUGGACUGGAUAGGACCGCCUCAGUAUCAACACAUGGCUAACUCUACCCCCGGGUCAAUUAAUGAUGAUCGGGUCCGCACCUGGACAGUGUCGAGUGCCCAUGAAAAUGAAAAAGCAACUCGGUUUGAAUUAACUAUGCGCGAAGCGAAAGGAGGCACAGUGACAGGAGCUUUGUUUGACCUAAUGAGAAAAGCUUCUUCGAAGGGGCUUGGUCAAUCUGUCUCGUUUGGAGUUCUCGUCUCUGCAGAGAUUGUUGGUAUCACAGGAGACUUUUUCAUGGGUCCGGGCAACCUCAAUAUGCUAUUGGUAGCUGGUGGAAUUGGGAUAACACCAUUCCUAGCUAUGCUUAGUGCACUAGCGGAGCGCGGGUCCAAUGACGAGAAAGAUGUCGUGCUCGCUUUGGCGACAAGGGAACCACAGAUUAUGAUGGACUUGAUGAAACCAGCUCUUGAAAAUAUGCCGACUACAGUCAAGAUCAAGAUCACCAUCUUCACUAAUGACUCUGGUGCUGAUAUCUCAUAUCGCAAUACGCCGAGUCAAAAGGUUUCCAUAUCCAGAGGCCGGAUUGAUUUUAAGUACUGGAAAGGUUUAUCAAAAGAAAAAGAGGUCUUCAUCUGUGGGCCCAAGGGAUUUGGAGACUCCGCCAUUGAGGGAUUACAAGCAGUUGGAUUUCCACUGACUCAGAUCCACAGGGAAGGCUUCUAUUAA